AUUUGAACAAACGUAAACAAUGGAGGGCCAAACAGGUGAAGAAAAUAAUGAACAACCGAUUUAUCAGAACAAAUCGAAUAGCAGCGAUGUUCCGACUAAUACCUCGUCCUCAAAUUGUGGAAAAGAUUAUUUGGUGAUAGACCACGGAGAACAACUGCAACGUCACUAUGAGAUUAAUCAGAGGGAUUUGCAGAACCAGGUACACAUGAUGCGAGCCCAGUUGUCGACCGUUCGUGAAGUUGUUACAGGAAUGGUUUUUAUUUUGGCACCACUACUGGUAGGAUGGGCAGGAAUCUUACUGACGAGGCUUGUCGGAUAUAGGACCUACGAGGCAUAUGCUGUAUCUGUGAACAUCGGUAUGCUAGCCGCUGUUCUCCUCUGUGAUGGUCCAUCAUUCUUGGAAGCUUUCCAGAGGCUGCUUCAUCACGUGGAGCUGCCUGUAGCCAAUCCGUCAGCCACCGACUACCCAGAGGAGGAAUACUCCACAGACGGUGACCAGUCACGUGUUACUAUAAACAACACUACCCCGGGUGUUCCUGGAGAGAGCGGAGAUACUCCAGUAGAUUCUACAGAGAAUCUUACAGCUGCGGUUGCCGAUGUGCAAGACUUUGAAUAUGCACAUCAAUUUGACUAAUUGUCUAAAUGUGUAUCAGAGAGUUUAAAUAAAUAUUUGAAACUACGAA